GACGGAAGGGCCCGUGACGCGCACGUGCCGGCUGAGUCAGUCUCUCAACGAUCGGGUAUUUCUUCCCCAGGCUCUCUUCUUCUGAUGAUAUCACCCGUCAACCCCUCUCGCUUUUCCAUCCCUGCAACUCUGCCGUCACUUCUUCAAUGGCAUCGCCCGGGCCUGGCUGAACCUGACGAGCCCUCAUCCCCAGGACUUCCGGCUGCCUGUCCAAGCUCGACCCCAUCCUUACCUACCUUACCCUACCGCUCGCUACCGUUCCUUUGUUCCUAUCCCCCCAACAACAUGAUGCGAACCAGAGACCCACGAGUCCGCCAGACGAUCAAUCAGAUCUCCCAUAACCUCGAAACCGCCAAUGAAACCGCCCAGGAGGGUCUCUACACCUUCUCUCACAAUUACAUCGUUCCCUGCUUCGCGACCGUCGGGAACUGCAUUUCCGCAUGCGCCGCGCCAUGCCUACCGAGCCGCGAGGACCAUCUUCGACGCCGACGACGAGGGCGCGCCGAGUCCGUUUUCGACUUCUACGAUGACUGGGACAACGAAGACCCCAAUGAUGGCCUCUUGGGUUGGGGCACCGACGAGCUCGAUCGCCUGCUGGCCGGCAGCGGGCUGACGCGCGGCAGCUCCGAACAGCCUCGCCGACCGCGGAAGAUGAGCUACGGGGCUCGACGCACGCGGCGGAAGAGCGGUCUCAUGGUACCCGUCGACGACCGGGACGAUCCCACCGUCAUUCCGAGCUCUUCGUUCCUCGGAUUCCUCGAGCGAUUCCCUUGGCGGUUCGGCGCGAGGGGAUUGAAAUACCGACCAUCAGCCGCCGACCUCCAAGAACACCCGCAGGGCUUGCGCCGCCAUGCAUACGAGGAGGAACCCCUGAUGGAGGCGGCCGAGGAAACCGAGGGCCCCAGCUCGAGGGGCGGACAGACUGGAGGACGAUAUCGGAGCUCCACCCAGUCGUCGCGCGAAACGACCAAUUCGUUGAGCUCGCGCGGCGACUUGAUCCCCAGUGACGAGGAGGAGGAUGCCGUGCCGCUGGACGACGAAUUCGCGAUGGCGCUGCAGAGUCGGCGCGGGACUGGGUUAGAGUCUGAUGAUCAGCUUGGUGAUAAGCCUGCUAGCAUGCGAUCGACAUCCGGGACGUUCAGCCUCGCGUCCAAGGAUUCCAGGAUGAAUAAAAAGAAGAAGCGGAGCAGCCGGCUUCGAGCCUCUCACGGAUCUGCCGACGUCGCGGAAGAUUCGCCGGUCUCGAUGGCCGAUUUGCAGAAAGAGGAGGAACGAGCUGCGUUUGAAGAAGAAUCGGAGAUUCUACGGAAGCGCCUCGCUGCGCAGCACUUGGCUUCUACUCGCGGGUUCGAGCACGGAAAAGAACAGUCUACCUCCCAACAUCCACCACAAUCCCCGGCCUUCUCGUCCGACGUUGUCCAUGAUUCAUCGAUCAGCACUCCUGUAGAUUCGACGGGAGAGAAUAUCCUCUCCGGCAACACCGGAACACCUCAAACUAUCGAACAUUCAGAAACAGAACCUUUCCCGCCUCUACCCCAAUCUCCUUCCUCAACCACAGAAAGCCACCCCCCAACAUACUCUCUGGACGAAUAUUUACACAAUGACUCCACGGAAAACCAUGAAGGAUAAACCCCUACAUAGCGGAACCAUCAACCAGUGAACCUGCCAAGUCGGGAUCAGGUCCACAAAACCCUCCAGGUUUGCAGGUCAAACCUUCUUCUUGCUUCUUUAUCUCUCCCUUCUUUCUACGCUGUUCUCAUUAAACACCAAACAGACAGAUCCUUGGAGUGAUGAUACCUGGACUUGAUCCAGUGGCUUUUUUUGCUGAUCAUUAAGAAAUAGCAUUUUUGUACAGUAUGACAUGACUUAUGAUUUGACACUAUAUAUACCCACCCAAUGUGAUGAAGGAAUAAUGUUUUUUAU